AGCCGUUUCCAAAUUCAGUAUCCCAUUGUUGACUCAACAGAUUGGAGAUGAAAAUAAUAUUGUUUUUACUGUGCGCGGCUCUGUCCGGGACCUGGGCCAUCGAUAGCAUACAAGGCCGAAUCACCGGAGGAUCAGAUGCAGGUCCUAAUGAGUUCCCAUUUACUGCUGCAAUUCUGAUCUCCGGAGAUGAGGCGCACACCUUCUGUGCUGGAAUACUGGUGACUCCUCGCCAUGUCCUGACCAGCGCCAAUUGCGUGAUCCGACAGACAAUGUUAACAGUCAUGCUGGGAUCUUCGGACAUAACAAGGAUGAACCAAUUUAUACCGGUAACAAACGUCCGGAUUCACUGGAACCACAGCACAACAGUGAUCAGUCGUGGCGAUCUUGCGAUCCUGACGUUGGCUCGCAAUGCCAAUUUGGGCGAAAAUGUUGCCGUAGCUCAACUGCCUCGUUGGUCCGAUGUGGGCAAUACUUUCAACGGAUUCGGUGCUACGCUCGUUGGAUGGGGCCUAUCGGGUCAUCGCGAGGACGAAUCAAUUCCUUUGCAGCACUUGCAGGUCGUUCGUAACCCGAUCAUCAGUAACUUUGCCUGUGGACUGUCCCAUAGAUUCCUUCAGGAUGAACAUAUCUGCUCCUCCGGAGAUAACGGUGGACCAUGCGAUGGUGACGAAGGUGGACCGGUAAUGAUCACAGAGGAUGGUGAACCAACGGUGAUUGCCAUCCACUCGUUCCACUUCGACGGCAUUGGAGGAUGCGGCCGUGGACGAUCAUCCGUCCAUACCCGCCUUACCGAUCAUUUGGAUUGGUUGGUCGAACACACAGGUGUCUAUCUACGACCAUAAUCUUGCAAAUAAAGCCAAUCAUGCGUCAUAACAAUAAACAGUAUUUUGACUAGCAAA